CCAAGAAGGCGGUGAGACGUACUCAGUAGUUUCCGCUCCUGUUUUGAAAAAUACUUUAUCAACGGUUCAUCAAUCAAAAAAAUGGUAGACCGUAUUAAUUACAAUACUGUACUCUCGCAAGUCUUUUCUCCGUGUGGAAACUUCUUAGCCGCUUCCAACACUUACGGGGAUAUCGCUGUCUACAGUUUGAACAAUGUCACAAACCCUUCUGAAGUGUCAAAGUCAUCAAAUGGAAUACAACAUCCCUCACACCAUAUUCGUCCAUUAGAAGGAGGCAACAUUUGCUCUUUAACGUCUACUCCCAAAUUUCUCAUUGCUGGUGGCAUCGGUGAAAUUAAAGGUCAGACAUGGGACUCUGUCACCGGAGGAAAAAAAGAGAAGCCCCGCUUCAAAGUAUUGAUACCAGCACAGAGAGAACGGUCAGAGCAGACAGAUGUAAAUUCGCUACAGUACAAUAGUGCUGAUGAACGUCUCUGUGCAGGGUGUGGUGAUAACAAUAUUUACAUUUUUAAUUUGGAAAGUGGUAAAUUGAUUAGAACGCUAUCGGGCCACACUGGAUUUAUCCAUUCAAUCAAUUUAAGUGAAAACCAACUUGUAUCUGCAAGUGAAGAUGGGACUGUCCGAUUGUGGGAUAUGAGGCAAACUGCUGCCACGAACAUAAUUAAACCCUUUGAAAAUCCCAGACUCAACCGACCUGAGUUGGGCAAGUGGGUUGGUGCUGCUGCAUUAAGUGAUGAUUGGCUGCUGCUGUGUGGGGGAGGUCCUAGACUUUCAGUGUGGCAUCUUCGGUCCAUGGAAGUGACCACUGUAUUUCCGAUGAAGGAUUUAAAAGGUGUUCAUGUUGCCAAAUUUCAUGAAGACCGUGUAUUUGCUGGUGGUGCUGGUCCACACUUCUAUCAGUUUAGUUUGAAUGGUCAAGUUUAUGGCCAAAUUCCCACUUCAGCCUCUACAGUUUAUUCUGCUGAAUUACAAGAAACUCCUCAAAGGAUUCUCUCAAUCGCUGGUUCUAGCCCCUACAUAGACAUUUGUACAACCUUCAAUUACCUGGAUCAGAAGCUUGCAUUUGCAUUACCAGCAUGAUUGUAGUUACAUACAUGUUAUUGUUUUGUUUUUUCAUGUGCCAACAUUUUGAUUUAUCGCAAUGCCCAUCGUUUCAAUAGAUUGUUAUUUCUGAAAGUUAUAGCAAUCAAUAAAUUUUUUCAGACAGUA